GCGCUGCUGCAGGUGUCGUUUUGGCUGGACGUGGACGCCAUCCCGUCGCGGGUAACGUUGGGCGUCACUACGCUGCUCACCAUCUGCUCCGAGAGCUCCGGCACCCCGGACAAGAUGCCGCCAGUAUCCUAUAUGAAGGCGCUGGACAUCUGGAUGGGCGUCUGCACCGCCUUUAUCUUCACGGCGCUGCUGGAGUUCACGCUGGUGAACCAGCUGUCUCGUCCGCGGCGUCGCAUGGUAUGCUGGGUGAUGCACGUCAAGAAGGGCAUACCGGAGCGGCUGCUACACACGCCCGACCUCUGCGAGGACUGGUGCAUUGUUAGGCAGCAGCUGAAGAAGAAGCGGGACGACCCGCCGGGCUGCGCGCUCGAGCUGGUGGAGGGUGCAGCAUCCGGCGUCCGGCCGCCGGCCGAGCUGGCGCCGGUCCGCCGCUGCUACUGCCAGCGACGGAUGUCGGCCGCCGGUUGCCUGGACAAGCUCAGCAGGCUCGGAUUCCCGCUCGCCUUCUGCGCGUUCGGACUGUUCUACUGGAUCCACUACAACAAGUAG